UAAAAUAUAAUAAGAAAACUCAAAGAAAAUGAAAAUUGUUUUGGAAACAAGAAAGCCAAAAGUAAACGAAAUGUCCAAAUUCGUCGGUGUCUCCGAUAUAACAGAAAAUAAGAAAAUCUGGCGCGCACUGUUGGGUGAGCUGGUGGGCACAUUUUUCUUGGUAUUCAUUGGCGUUGGCAGUUGUACUGGAGGAAACGGUUAUACACCUUCAGUGCCACAGAUUGCGUUCACCUUCGGCUUGACAGUUGCCACAAUGGCACAGGCUUUUGGACACAUUAGUGGCUGUCAUAUCAAUCCCGCUGUUACCAUUGGAUUUUUGGUCGUGGGAGAGAUGAGCAUUCUUAAAAGCGCUUUUUAUAUCAUCGUCCAAUGUAUCGGUGCUAUUGCAGGUGCUGCAGUUAUCAAAGCUGCUGUUACAGAACCACUUGCAGGCCUUGGACUUGGCGUGUCAUCGUACUCCGAUAAUUUAUCUGCUGGACAAGUUGUGUUAAUCGAAGCAUUGAUAACAUUUAUUUUGGUAUUUGUUGUAAAAGGUGUAUCUGAUCCCGGACGUCAAGAUAUUAAAGGUUCAGCACCUUUAGCUGUUGGUUUAGCAGUUGUAGCAGGACAUUUGUGCGCUAUUAAACUUACUGGUGCUAGCAUGAAUCCAGCACGUUCAUUUGGUCCUGCUGUUGUACAAGAUAUGUGGCAUUCACACUGGGUCUAUUGGGUUGGACCAAUCGCUGGUGGCAUUGUUGCUGCCAUUAUAUAUCGUUUAAUAUUCAAAGUUCGUAAAGGCGAUGAUGAGGAUAAUUCCUACGAUUUUUAAAUUAAUUUCGAAAUUAAAUUACUUAUUAAUUAAUAUGCUUAAGCUGAAACUCAAAUUGGAAACGAGUUGUAUUGCAAAUUAAUUACAAUUAAUUUACAUACAUAAAAAUAGGUCAAUUCUUGAAUUUAAUUGAAUUUAAAAAUAAUUGCCUUAUAAAUAUUGACAAGCUUUGAGCAAAAAUUUAAGGGAUAUUUGUAGAUUUACUAAUAUCCUUAACUGUUCAUCACGAAAUAUUAAAAAAUUAAC